AUGUCUCAGGGUGUGACUUACGCUGACCUGAGAUUUGUGAAGGUCCCUCGAAGGGAGAGCCAGGAGGAAGGUAGAGGCCCAAAGGAUGGGGAGCUCACCUAUGAGAACAUCCAGGGGCCCAGGACCAGGGGGCAGGAGGAGGAAGAGGAGGAGGAGACCCCCAGGGAACCGGAAGAUGCAAGAGGUGAGUCUCUGGUACCCUCCCCACUAGGAGGAGGAUUCUGCACCACCAAGUCUUCUCGCUUCUCCUCCCUGGGCAACGUGAAGACAGCCGAGGAGAUGGAGGGGAAAGACUGGAGUUAUCAUCAUGGAUGCUUGAGAGAGUCAGACCGCCGGACCUGGUACGCCAUCCUGGCCUUGUUGGCCACCUGCCUGUUCCUUCUUGCCACCGCCAUAGGACUGGGGGUCCGAUAUGGGCAGCUCUCCCAGCAGCUCCAGCGGGAAUCCCAAAACCACGCGGCGCAGAGCAACCUCCUGGCCCAGAGACUCGACACCUUGGAGGAGAGCCUGUCCAGUUCUCAGGAGCUGCUCCGCAAGGCUGAAAGAGAUCUCCGUCUCACCCGGAAGGCCCUGGAGGAGAGCUGGAGAGAUGGGAACAGGACACAGCGGCAGCUGGGAGACCAAGUGAGGCAAGCAGACCUCAACCUGACGCAUCUGAAGCAUGAGAAGGAGCAAGUCGAGAGAGCGCUGGGCGAAGCCACCUCCUGCCAGCAGAUGGGCUGCUGUCCCCAUGGAUGGAAGAUCUUCAGGUGGAAAUGCCUGUGGGUUUCACCUUCAUCAGAAAGGAAGAGCUGGGGAAACAGCAAGGAAGCCUGCCAAGCCAGAUCAUCUCAGCUGCUUAUUUUAAAGCCCUGGAGCGCAAGGGAAUUAUGGGAUGGUGUAAUAGCAAGGGAUGAGGAGGGAGCAGUGAAGGAGGAAUGA